AUGUACAAGCUCGACUCGACCCAAAUUGAACAAUAUCACCGUGAUGGCUUCCUGAUCCUCCGAGCUAGCGAGCACGGGCUCCUUCCAGAUGUCACUGCCCUACCUAGUUGGACUGACGAAGUCCGUCAUUGGCCCUUGAGCGAGUCCCAUGGCAAGUGGAUGCCGUACAUGGAAGACACGACGAAUGGCAAGCAAAUUAUGAGGACUGAGAAGUUCAAGGAUUAUCACCAGGGAUUUGAGAGCCUGUUGGAUGGUGAAGCUCUCAGGGCUAUCCUCAGUCAAUUGGGUGGACAAAGCAUGAUCUUAUUCAAGGAUAAGAUCAACUACAAGCUUCCAGGUGGUAACGGCUUCGCUGCUCACCUCGACGCACCGGCAUACGACCACAUCUGCAAGGUGGAGCACGUCACAGCCAACAUUGCUAUUCACCCUGCUGAUGCAGCGAACGGUUGUCUCGAAGUCGUCCCCGGCUCACACAAGAUGGCAGUCGACUUCAUAGCUGGUGGACACAUCACGGACGAAUGGUGUGAUGCCCAUGAAUGGGUCUCUGUCCCUCUCGAAGUGGGAGACAUGCUCAUCUUUGGAAGUCAUCUUGCGCAUCGGAGUGGACCGAAUACAUCUCAGCGGGAACGAGCUAUGCUGUAUGCCACUUAUUCCGCUGAGAGCGAUGGGAAAGAUCUCCGGGAGAAGUACUAUGCUCAUCGACGAGAGGCAUUCCCUCCGGAUCAUGAGCGAAAAGCCGAUGUGGACUACUCCGAAGGCUACAAAACGUACGGAUUUGCCGCUCCAUUUUCCCGUCCAACGGCCGUCAAGGUCUGA